AUGGAUGAAAGAGUUGUAAAAAGAAGACAAUUGAAGCGAAAGUUCAUUAAUAAGGGAGUGAUUCGUAAACCAGUCGUCGAAGACAUUAAACCAAAGCAUAACAAGACUUCAGUCAAGACUAACACUAAAACAAAUUCCAAACAAAUGAAUGAUAAGAACGAAGACAUGAGUGAAGAGUCGGUCGAGAGUUAUGUCGAAAGCAAGACAUAUAAAGCAAUCAAAAGACAUAAACCGACAAAAAAUUUCAAAGAAAGACAGAAAAUGUUUGAUUUGACCACAAAUUCAUACAAAUGUCAGAAAACUGAAUGUAAGAAGAGAUGCGAAACCGACGAAGCAUUUCAAUGCCAUUUAUAUAGAAAUCAUACAAACCCUGUGUUUAAAUGUGAUUACAAUGGCUGUCGAUAUAAAUGCGAUUCCGACGACAACUUACGUGAUCACAGGCAGAGACACAACACAACAAACAGAGGUUUUGUAUGCGAUUUGAUUGGUUGUGAGAAGACAUUCACGACUCGCAGAGCUCUGCGCGAUCACCGGCGCCGACACCAAAGCGAACCGACAUAUAAGUGCUCAACCCAUGGAUGCGUUGAGUUGUUCUUCACGAAACAACAGCGCCAUAAUCAUCAGGUCUCAGUCCAUAGCCGUAAGCCAUCCGUGUAUUCAUGCGAUUUCAUUGGAUGCGAGAAGACAUUCACUACCGCCGGAGGUCUGGUUUAUCACCGGCGCAGACAUGAAAGCGAACCGACGUUUAAGUGCUCCACCAAUGGAUGCGAUGACAUGUUCUUCACUAUACAUCAGUGCCAUAAACAUGAGAUGUCAGUCCAUAGCCGGGCGCUCAAACCGAGACGCAUAUAUCGGUGCGAUUGGCCGGGAUGUGAGUGGACGGGCCAUAACAUACACCCACACAAACUGCGACACACGGGUGAAAAGCCGUUCCCGUGUUUAUGGCCAGAGUGUGGCAAACGGUUCCCUCACGUCUUUGCGUUGAAACAACACAUGAAUAUUCAUAACAACGUUAAGCCCUAUGUGUGUCAUUGGCCCGGAUGUACACACAGUUACGUA